AUGGUGCACUGGGAUGAUCCUUCGUACGAUGCUAGUGUGGCUAGCGAGGUGGAGGGGGAAGGGUAUCAUGUGCACAUCGCGAAUGUUGCUACGGGGAAUGAGAAAGGAGAGAUGGGCGGCGGGGGAGAAAGCGAAGUGGAUGAAGACGAAGAAGAGUGGGAGGAAGGCGAUCCUGCAGAAGAAGGUCGUAUCGACGUACCAUACACCGUUUGGAAGUACGACGAAUGGGGCCAGCCUUACAGAUCUAUCAACGGAUACCUCCCGAGCGACUCAGAGGACCAUCCGCAUCUAUAUGCCGACGAGACAUUUGACGAGGACCACAACGACUUUCAGGAAGACCAGGCCGACUCCGAUAUCUACGUUGAGGACGAUUUAACCGCACCAUUCGCUAUACCCGAUGUAGACGAAUUCCACAGGUCCCUCAACUACCACCUUCCCUCUCCUUCUGCCCGCGCCAGCGGCCCGACCUCACCCGCCCCGCACCGCCCACCUGCUGAGGUCGGUGGCGGCGGCCGCAUACUCACGCACACCGAGAUCUGGGGCCCCUCGAGCAUCGUUCACACGUUCAACGCCGCCCUCGCGCAGUACUGCUGCAUGCACAACCUCCCCGCUCCAUCCCGCAGCACAAAUGCCCCUUGUGAACCUGAACAGGCGGCGCUAUGGCACGAUGCCCCGGCACACGACUCGCUGCUUGCCCAGCAAGUGAGGCUGGACGCGCAGCAGAUUCUGACACUGCGCAAGACCCAGUCUUCCGCAUCAGCAGACGGUGGGAGUGCGACAAUGAGGUCGAACAGCGGCAGCGCGAAACCGGGACAGCAGACACAGCAGACACAGCAGGCGCAGCAGGCGCAGAGGGGAAAGCCGAUAGUGACGGUGGUCCCGCAUGCGCAUCUACAGGGCAACAGCGCCUGGAAGAAGGCCGUCAAGACGGUGCAGACGACUCGCAACCAGAUCGGGCUCGCAACAGCAUCCACGUCCGUGCCGCCAGUAGGUGCAGUCGUGGGCGGUGGAGCGGAGGAAAAGGGGAAGAACCAGACCAGUGAGGAAGAGCUGCACGCCUACUGGUAUGCGGGCUAUCAGGCGGGACUCGCUGCUGCUGCUGCUGCUGCUGUUGCGCGCGGAGAGGCUGAUGCUGUUGCACUCGCGGUCGACGUUGCAGGUGCUGACGUCGAUGCGGCCACCUCUGUCGAGGCAUCCAUCGACCCUGUCGGAAUGGGUCCCGCCAAAAACGCCGGCGCUACUGCUGAAUCCGACACCACCAACACAGCUACAAGCCCAGCCGCCGAAGAAAAAGACCCUCAUGCUCCAUUCGCACCUCAGACCGAUGCAUGA